AUGUCAGGGUUCGAGGUACUCGGUGCGACCGCUGCCAUCGCACAGCUCUCCGAGCUCUGCAUCAAAUGCGGCCAGACGACGGUGCGAAUCAUCCGCUCGUACCGUGGCGCGCCCAGGGAGAUCACCGAGCUGGCUCAUAAGGUCAAUCAACUUGAGUUCCGCAUCGGACAGGUACAGAAGAUUGGCCACGAUCUCUCGGAUCUGGAGUUGGACGACGUGUUCCCUGAGAUCCACAGGGAGAUCCUACUUGAACAGCUGGAAACGCACCACCAGGCCCUGCUGGACAUCGAGAGCUUGGCCACCGGUGCUGGGGGUCAAGGGAGAGGCAAGAAGCUGCAGUGGGCUUUCGUCGACAAGAGGAGGACGGCAGGGAUCAUGAAAGAUCUGGCCGACGUGCAUCAGACUCUUGACCAGUUUUUAGAAAUUAUCCCCAUGUCAGUCACCAGCCAACAAUCCCACGGGGCUGUGGCUGUCUUGCUGACUGCUCUCAGACGUCUUGCAACCAUUCAGCACACGUCUCUUGCGGCCUUGCGAGUCUCCAACGCGGCUCUGCUACCGGCUUUGUUGGAGCAUACAAAGGAGAUCCAGUCUUCGAUACAGGCUGCUAGUGCUCAGCAAUCUGUGUACUGGAGAGAAAUACGGACAGAGAUCGUGCGCUGUCAAGGCGCCGCCACUGAACCACCGCCGACCACAUACGUCCCAGAAAUUCCGUCCUCAACCCCGGACGUUAGUGCCCAAAUCAACCGACCGACCGGCCCUCCUCCUCCACAAGUAGCAACCAAAAAGACCAGCAGAGAGCUCAAGUCAGGCCAUGAAUUUGUUGACACGGUCACUGAAUUCCAUGAUUUCGGAACGAACCGCACCAUCCAGUAUGCGCGGUGGGAGUUGGAUAGCUCAGAUGAAGAGAAGCCAGAAGCCGUGACGCGAGUACCUAGGUACUGCGGACAGGUUGCUGUCAAGACUACGGCGUCUUUCCGGGAGGUUCGCGCUUCGUUAAGAGUGCGUUUCUUCCUGUUCAACGAGAGGGUUUUACGAUUCGAACUGGGUGUUCGGCAGUUCACCCGGGCGUGGUCAAGCUUUGCUUUCGUUGGUUCUAGGAUCGAUGUGCUGAACGUGCGGCCCUUCGAUUCCCGUAUUUUCAAUUGUUGUAGGGAACUGGACUUUGAUGGCGUCAAGACGAUGCUUGAACAAGGCCAGGCAAGUAUCAAUGACGUGGAUGAUGAGACCAACGCCGGACUCCUAGAGCACAUCAUGACCGGCACGGAUAUCAUUCUUGGUCGACGGCCCACUCGUACAAAGGCGAGAUUCAAGUUGAUACAGUACCUCAUGCAUCAGGGCUGCACUACUCACUGGUCCUCUACCAUGGUUUGGGCCUUGCGUGAGGGUUACACGGAUAUUGUGAGGUUCAUGUUGCAGCAGAACAUGAGCUUCGAAAUGCUUGAUCCAGACUUCAACCCCACCCGAUUUAUCUAUUCAGGCUCGCAACGAGAGUUCCACCAGCAAAUCAGCCUUCUUCACACCAGCGGAUGUACCGACUGGGCCCCGGCAGCUGAGUGGGGUGAUACAGAUGCACUUUGUGGUGCCAUCGUAAUUGGUAGUGUACCAGACAUCAUUUAUGCUGCUGAAGUUCUCAAGCUGGGCAAGACACCAUGGCGGAUUAAGUUUAGGCCGGGGAUCGAUAUCAAUGUUGCCGUCGUCCUGAAGAAAAGUAGCACUAGCCUCGUUUGGACAGGACUCGACUUCGGACGGGACGAAUCUCUUACACAUUGGGCUCUACUCAACGACUGGGCUGUGACUUCGGCAACGCAACAAUUCUUGCCGGGAAUCGAAGCUUGGCGUGGCUCCUGGGGUCCUAAUGCCAUCAGAGAAAGGCGUUGGGAGUUCUCUUCAACAGUGACAAGGCUGCGGCACAUUUUACUUCAUGACGUAUCAUAUUGGGACGCCGCAGGAUGGGAUGCAUUUGGCCAAGAGAAUCCCAACUACACAAUAGACCAGCACGCGAGAAUGUGGAGCUAUUAUGCUGACGGAAAUGUUAUAAUCUGGCCGCCCCCGUGGCCAAUUGCUGAGGUGGAGCUUUGCGAGGACCUGAGAAAUCCGAGGGUGUCAAUACACUGGUUGGAUGACGGGACUAUAUGGAAACGCCGCAUGAGGAGCGGAUCUAUGGAUGGCAAAUCCGCAGAUGCUCAGCCCGUGAAUGAUCCGGAUGUUUCUCCCGGGAACUCAACCGACAAAGCUUACCGAACCGAAAAGUGCAAAAUUCCACAACCAGGGCAAGUUUCAGAGAGCCGACAGCCACACAAACCCGCAACGAACAGGAAACAGGCAGAGACAGAGAUUCGGAGGGACUCGUCUAUUUUCUCACAGGUCAUCUCCACGAAAGAAGGACGUCGACACUUGUCGCGCUUCCCCCUGGUCAAAGCACUCUGCUGCGCCCUACAGCUCGCCGGCUACAGAGCCGAGAUGGACGACGACGGCGAUAUUUGGUUCGAGGACGACGACGGCGACCAAUACUUCGAUGCGGUGGAGCACCCUUCGGAGCACGACAGGCGAGGUCCGCUGGGGGGAACGUGUGAGAUGUGCCGAGAUCCCGAGAGAUUUGGUUUGGGGUGGGUUAUCGACAAGCACGAGGAUGCCGUGAGGAAGUGGCGGCAUGAACGGCAGAUCUUUGUGGAGAGGGGUCUUUUGCAGCCGCUGCCGGAAGACGAGCAGUCUUGGUGA